GAGAAGACAGACAUCCUGCGUGUGGACGCGCCACACGUGUCCGAGUCUGCCCGAGCAUCCGACGAGGAGGACCGAGACGCGAGCGGAGGGAGAGCAGCACCGGCAAGUUUGGCAUUUCCAGUUUCCAGCGGGCUUUCAGGGGAGGGGUGAGGACUUCCGACCUGAAGCUGCGAUGGAGCUUCGGAAAAGCAACGGACCUGUAUUGGUUGGAGUUUACCUGUGGGCGACGUUUUACUACCAAGCUUGUCACUGCGGAGUGUACCAGAGGAAACUGUACCAUGAACUGAUGCUAAACUACAACCGUCUGGAGAGACCAGUCCAAAACGACUCUGCUCCUAUUCUUGUGGAACUUGGCCUGACAUUGCUACAGAUUAUUGACGUGGAUGAAAAGAACCAAGUGUUGAUCACAAACGCCUGGCUGCAACUGCAUUGGACGGAUAUUUAUCUGUCCUGGAACCCAGAGAAUUACCCCGGGGUUCAGAAUCUUCGCUUUCCCUCCAAUCUAGUUUGGGUUCCAGAUAUCCUCCUCUACAACAGUGCCGAUGAGAGAUUUGAUGCCACGUUUCAUACAAAUGUGCUGGUUAAUGCAUCAGGAGCCUGCCAAUACAUCCCACCCGGUAUCUUGAAGAGUACAUGCUAUAUUGAUGUCCGGUGGUUCCCAUUUGAUAUCCAGAAGUGUGACCUGAAGUUUGGCUCUUGGACCCACAACGGCUGGCUCCUGGAUCUUCAGAUGAUGGAUGUGGAUAUUUCUACAUACAUUCCCAACGGAGAGUGGGACCUCGUAGGUGUGCCUGGAAAGCGCAACGAGUUGUACUAUGAGUGCUGCAAGGAGCCCUACCCUGAUGUGACGUUCACUGUCACUAUGCGACGCAGGACUUUGUACUACGGCCUCAACCUGCUCAUCCCCUGUGUGCUGAUUUCUGGAUUGGCCCUUUUGGUUUUUCUGCUUCCAGCUGACUCUGGAGAAAAGAUCUCACUGGGUAUCACUGUGCUGCUUUCUCUAACGGUGUUCAUGCUGCUUGUUGCUGAGAUCAUGCCUGCCACUUCAGACUCUGUUCCUCUAAUUGCUCAGUACUUUGCCAGCACCAUGAUGAUUGUGGGCUUGUCUGUGGUGGUGACAGUCCUGGUUCUUCAGUUCCACCACCAUGAUCCCAGAGGGGGGAAAAUGCCUAAAUGGAUCCGUGUGAUUCUAUUGAACUGGUGCGCUUGGUUCCUCCGCAUGAAGAAGCCUGGGGAAGAAAAUAAACCAGCAGUGAGCUCCAGUAACCCUCCAACGUACAAAUGCUCUCACUCUCCUCCGCACCACACCAGCACAACCAGCAUCCAGAUGAGCACGAUACCAGGGCAGGCCCAGUCGACCACAACCAACGGCAACAUGAACCUGUACUUUGGCUACCACUCCAUGGGAACAGACAACCCCGCCUUCCCACCGAGCACCGACUCAGGCCUGGUGACAUGUGGCAUCGGCGGUGAAGGAGGUGGAGGAGGAAACCACCUGGGUGGCUCCUCCCAGCCUGACAUCCACUCGGACCACACACGGACAAUGUUGUUAGAGCAGGUCCCGGAAAUCUCCCUCAUCCUGGAGGAAGUGCAGUACAUCGCCAGGCGCUUUCGAGACCAGGACGAGGGGCAGGAAAUCUGCAGCGAGUGGAAGUUUGCCGCCGCUGUGGUGGAUCGCUUAUGCUUGGUGGCCUUCUCGCUGUUCUCCAUCAUCUGCACCUUCACUAUACUCAUGUCAGCUCCAAAUUUCAUUGAGGCCGUGUCAAAAGACUUUACAUAAAGCUUAUUUCUUGCCACGCUGAGAAGAAGGAAAAUUGCUUCAGAAAGAAUCCAAACAUGUUGGUAUCUAUAUUAUACAAAGAUCCUGAACUACUUCUAGUUAAAGCCUCACAAGCUGAUACACUCUCUACAUAAGAUCUUAAUGUGUCGUUGCGCUUUUUGCAUUUUUUUCUCUUUGAGGUGGCUUUCCUAAUGUCAUGCAAAUAGUAAGAAGUUGAUGUUUGAUGCUAUUGUUAAUAGUGUAGAUUUUCACUUUGAUGCACUUUUCACAUUUAUCCCUAUCACUCCACCUCGUUUCCCUGCCACCACUGUGACAUCACGUCUUAUCAGAGCAGCCUCCUAACAAUCGGUCAUUUUUCUGUUUUCCCACAUCCCUCUGUUUAUCCACCAUUUCAAACUUUCAAAGAAGGUUUCUCACAUUACUGGUCUGCCGUGUAGCUAUUGUAGUUUUUCUUUUACAUUUUCAGAUACACAACACAACACUGUUUCAUUUGUUGAGAAUGGAUUUAUUUUUUUGCUCUUUGUUCUGUAAAUUAUGCUGUAGCACCAUAUUAGGUUCUGCUUGAAUCUACCUGUGAAUUCCUUAGCUGGUAAUUCAGUCAGAUAUUAUGGAUAUACGGUAUUUUUUUAUUGAGUGGAAUUUCUAUUCAGAUUUUAAAGAUCCAAGUUAAAAUAGGAUCCGUUCACAUCUGACAGUUGGGAGGACUGUGAACACAUUCAAGAUGGAUUCCAAAAAGACCCAUUAAGACCCCAGUAUGAGGUACGCUGGACUAUUGUAUUUGCAUUAGUUUGGCCAGUCCUCACUGGGACAAACUGACUCAAUUCAUACAUUGAAACUCAGAGGAUUGCUGACCACAUGGAUGCCUAAAAUGGAUGCUCGAGUAACUGAAUGUGUAUAUUAUGUCACAGAAAAAUAAGCAGACGUGUUGAUGCCCUGUUUCUUGCUCAAUGAUAUUUACACAUUUUUAUUUGCAGUUAGUGUUUUUUUUUUUUUUUGUCUGAUCUGAUAACACAAGACGUACUUUAAUCCCAGGUGUCACUUUCAGCUACUCUGUUUUCAGCAGAGCCAGCCAGGACGUAUAAUACUACGAGGUCCAGACAGCGCCCGAGUCUUUCUAGACUAGCACAUUGGCACCACUGCAAGUUAUUUUAAGAACCUUGAAAUUACUUCCAACGUCUCUCCCAUAUCACUGCUGGAUUUUUAAUUUACUGCAUCUCCCUUUGCAUUUCUAGUCCAUCUCAUUUCUUCUUUAAGUAUUAAUCUUUUGAGUCGCUCUUUGAGCAGCUCAAACCAAGGUUCUGUGUCCACAAAUGUAAUGAGAAGAAUUUUAUCAGUGUGGGUAAAAGUCAUUCUUAAUUGUGGCUUUGCAGUUUUUCAUACAUUUCUUACUAAGCAUAUCCCCUGAAGGUUGAAGUGUUUGUCGCAUUCUGUGUUAUAUUUUGUCAUAUGCUGUCAAAAACUCAUGAUAUAAAAGAAACGACUUUUGACUAAAAGACAAGAUUUUAAAUGAGUUUUGAGGAAAGGUCAAUCCCGUCGACAGCACAUUUGGCCUGAAUUUUUUGUUACAAAAAAACAAAAACAAAAAAAAAUAGCAAAAGACAAACCCUUUGUUAAUCUCUCGCAGCGACAUGCAACACGGAUUACCGGGUGACUGAUUUGGGGUAAAUGUAAUGGUACUUAAUCUCCU